AUGUCCGAGCUCAUCCCGCACUGCUUCGUUCUUCUCCACCACCUCCAUCACCUUCACCAAGUCCCUCAGCCGCUCUCAUCAUCUCUUCAAGUGAUCAUCAUGGCCGGCAGGGUCUACAUGGAUAUCGGUCCAGACGGACGAUGGCGUGUCAUCGAGCGUCCUCCCACGACGAUCCCCAGACCCCCGCCGCCUUCCUUUGCUGGCGUCUCGCGCCGCACGUCGUCGUCGCCGAGCCCGUCUCACCGCUCGCCUGACGCCGCAGCCACCCAGGCAGCUUCGCCGCUUCAGCCGCAGCACGACGGCAAUCUGGAUUUGGCCAGCGCAGUGUUGAGCCCGUCUGCGGCGUCAACGCGCGCUUUCGACACUAUGGUGCAAGGUCAUCAGGCUCCCACCGAUGACGAAAAGGUGGCAGCCUAUGAUGAAAUCUGGGAUAUCUUGGGCGACUUCUACACCGAGCUUGAAUGGCUGGGUCCUAGCGCGAACGACCAACAGCUCCUGAGCGCCUUUGCAAGGAACUGGCAGCGGAUCUGGGACACCAUGCCCUUCUCCUUCGACUGGGACAAGGGGAUCCGCCGCCCCUGA